AGAGAGGAGGAUGCCCGCCUCGUUGGCUCUGUGUGCUUACGCCACUCCCCCCUUUAAAUAGCAACCACGCCGAAUAAACUUGUAGUUAUUUACUGCGCCGUGUGAAUUAUUAGCAGUUGAAUGGAGCUGAGGCAGGCGUACUUGUGUUUGUUGAGGUGAAGCGGACUGUCGUUUUUCCUCCCUCGGUAUAUUUUGUUCUCACCAACACCAAGCAGGUGCAGUUUAAGAUGGAGCUGAGUAGAAGGAAAGUCCCUCUUUAUGGUCAGGCUAAGGUGUUUGCAUUAUUGGAGGGCCUGGAUUCCAUGCUGGAAGAUGGCGAAGUCUUCAUUGUUCUGGAAGGAUCCACGCUGGUCCAUGUCACCAGGGCUCAAAGUGAUGUCAUGCUCUGCUUCAUAGUGCCUGGACAUAACCUCGCUGAGGUGGUCUCUGUGCAGGCCUACUUGUGCUCAGAAACCACACCUCUCACAUGGGUGGGCGGCGCAAUGUUGGAGUAUGUCCAAGACGAUGCACAGGACCUGGCAGAACACCUGGUCACCCACGGACAUUGUCUGAGCUCCAUGGAUCACAAAGAGCUGAGCAGCCUCUUCAACCUUGGGCAGCAGAGCUCCCGCUGGGCUAUGGAUCGACGUGUAGCCCUCGCCAUGGCUAACCUAGAUAUUCCUCCAAAUUGGAAUGUUCUGGGGAGUCCCUGUAGAAACGAUCACAGCCCCAGAGAGUCUCUGCUCCACCUGGCUGUGCGAGGGGGACUGUGUCGACUGGCCGAGCUGCUGCUUUGUCAACCCGGAGGUCUGAUGUCUAUCAGUCUUCAAAACAAAGAGGGAGUCACACCGCUGCAGCUAGCACACUCAUCAGGCAAUAGAGAACUGCUGGAGCUCCUCACACACCCACCCAACCCUCUAGCCACACCUCCCGCAGGACAAUCUCAGGUGUGGGCAGAUCACUCCCGUUUGCUGAGGUACUGUCAUGACACGGGGAAUCUGACACUGACAGUCCGACAAAAUCUGAAGUGGAGCUCAGAGGAGAGCCGGCAUGCUGACAUUCAGCUGCUCAGAAACAGACUUCGAGAUGAGGGCUUCCUCAGACAGAUUAAAGCACUAAGAAGGGAGCGGACAGAGACCAUCUUUGGCAAAGAACAAUUGGUGGACGAUCCUGCAGAAAAUGGUAUUGUAACCCAUCCAUAUCCGUAUGGACAUUUUCCUGAUAUGAGUGGAGAUAAUUCAGCUGCAGACGAUAAUGACUUCGAGGAACCACUGAUGUUUUGCCUCAAUCAGGAGGACCAAGAAGAUGAGCAGUCUGACUCUGCAGAAAAAAGCCAGUCCAUAGGCGAGAGCCAAGCCUCGUCCCCGACUUUGGCUGCUGCUGCCAGGCUGUCAGCGAUGAUCCACGGGAAAGACAGAGUCUAUGCUAACGCCAUGGUGGUGGACCAGGUGGAUGAUGUUGACAUUAAAUACCGCUCCCGCCCAGCCCCUGAUGUUGGCAGCCCUUGCUGGGACCCCUUCUCCAUGACACCCCCUGACUCAAAGAUCUGUCCCAAAAAUCAUCACUCGCCCACGCCGCAAAAUGUCAAGAGGGCUAUCCGAAGCCCAGGCUUGGAGAAAUCCAAAGAGUCACCUCUUCACGGCUCUCCCCCCUCUCCCCCUUCUCCCUUUGUUCCCCCUCGAUCUUUCCCGUCCUCCCCCCUGGCUUCCGCUUUCCGUUUGUUUGAAGGAGGACAGAGGCGACAGCCACAAACCAGCCUUCCAGUCUCUCCCACUUUGAACGGCAGAGGAUACAACUUGCCAGCGGCGACCCGUGGACUGAGCCCAAGGCUUGAGUGUGAUAGCGGAGAAGAGGACAUACUGGGAAAAUCCUACCGCUGCUCAGCUUCAAAGCUGCAGACCAGCUCCCCAGACUUUAACCAAUCUCACGCCAACAGCACAGAAAAGCCCACUAAGAACCCAGAGGAAGGUGAUGUUCGACUGCGCUCAUACUCCUACUCCUCCCCCAAGGCGAGGCCCUCACGCCCCUUUCUAAACAGAGAUGCAGCCAUCACUGACCUGGCAGAAGAUGGUGCAUUCAGCAGCAGUGGUCGUUCUCUACUUCAGGCUUUAUCUCUCUCUAAAUCGCUCUCUCGACUCAACCAAGUUAAGCAGAGUGUGCUGAACCUGACAGAGACUUCCAGAGAAAAGAGGGUUUUGGGUUUCCAUAAGCGGGCCCAGUCAGCAGAGGAGGAGAGCAGCGCAUCACUCCAACACCUCACCCUCACAGAGUUCCUUAAAGAGAUUGAGGAUGAAGAGUGGGACAAAUACAUAAUUCCAUCCAAGGUUGAGUCAGAGAAGUACAAAGUGAGCCGGACCUUCAGUUUCCUCAAGAGCAGGAUGUCGAGCACUCGCAACAAAACCAAGGUGAAAGGGAAAGAGGGAAAGGAUGGAAAGGACAAGAGCGGUGGCACUAAUGGACACCAGUUUGUUCUUGUGUCUCCAUCUGGUCCUGCUGUCUGUGUGGCCUGCGAUAAGUCUGUUUCUGGGAAGGAGCUGCUGCAGUGCUCCAACUGUCUCUUGAACGUCCAUAAGAACUGUCGAGACUCUGUUGCACCAUGCGGAAAGAAGCUGCAGGAGAAGAAUGCAUUGCUGAUGAAAACCAAGACCUUGUCUCUCCCACAGAAUUCUCUGAAAGACAACUCUUCCUCCUCCCCCCUCGCCUCCUCAUCACAUUCCCCAGCUUCCUCACGUACAACAAUAACCAAAGAAAAGCGAGAAACACUCAUGCCUCUCUCCAAAAGCCUCUCCGUCUCUUUAGAGAACAGACUGCUGAGUGACACAGCAGGGAUGGAGGUUGAUUCCACUCCUACAGCUCACAGCUCACAUUCUGAUGAGGGGACUCCUAUUACAACAACCCCUCCUUCAAUCGACCCACCAAUCACUUCACAGGAUGAUGUUGAUGCUCCUCUACUGAGCGAUCUGUCAGCCGUCCUGCUGGGACUCGACGCAGAAUCAUGGAGUCUUGCAGUCAGUCCCGACUUCUGCAGGCAGCACGACAGGCGCGCCAUCAAACGGCAGGAUGUCAUUUAUGAAUUAAUGCAAACAGAACUUCACCACAUCCAGACUCUGACAGUCAUGUCCGAAGUGUUCAGACGAGGCAUGCUAGUAGAGCUGCAGCUGGACUGGGAUUGCGUGGCCCGGAUUUUCCCGUGCUUGGAUUCCUUGCUGCUCUUCCACAGGAACCUUUUUGGAUCACUGCAGGAGUGCAGACAGGCUUCCAUCCAACCCGAGAACCAGAGAAAUUACCUCAUCCAUCAGAUUGGAGACAUCCUGCUUCAGCAGUUCUCAGAUGAAAAUGCUGAAAAGAUGAAGCAAGUAUAUGGAGAUUUCUGCAGUCACCACAUGGAAGCUGUCAAUGUCUUCAAAGAGCUUCAGCAACAGAAUAAAAAACUCCAGAACUUUGUCAAACAACAGAGCAAUAACUCACUGGUCAGGAGAAGAGGGAUUCCAGAGUUUAUCCUUUUAGUCACUCAGCGCAUCACCAAGUACCCAGUCUUGUUGGAGAGGAUAUUACAUUACACUCAAGAAGGCAGCCAAGAACACUCAAACUUGUCAAGUGCUAUGGCUCAGAUACGCGAUAUCAUCGCAGCUGUGGACCUGACUGUAAGUAAGUACGAGAGAUCUCAGGAGCUGCAGGAAGUGCUCGCCCGGCUGGAGAAUAAGAGCUUGGCCAAACUCAAGAGUGGCAAGGUAAUUCGCAAGCAGGACUUGCACAGCAAACACCGAGAUCUACAGCACAAGGGACUGCUUUACUGGAAGACCGCAACAGGGCGCCUCAAAGAUACAUUGGCGCUUUUGCUUACAGACGUCAUGGUGUUCCUGCAAGAGAAAGAUCAACGCUUUGUAUUUGCGGCCGUGGACCAGAAACCUCCUGUGAUCCCACUGCAGAAGCUCAUCGUGAGAGAAGUAGCCAAUGAGGAGCGUGGGAUGUUCCUUAUCUCUGCUUCUUCAGCUGGACCAGAAAUGUAUGAAGUUCACACUACCACCAGAGAGGAGAGAAAUGCUUGGAUGAAACACAUAAGACAAGCUGUAGAAAGCUGUCCAGAGGAAGAGGAGGAGGAGGAGCGCAGCGCUGAAUCAGAAGAGGUCAAGCGAGCAGCGGAAGCGAAGCUUCAGAAAAUCUCAAAGUUCCAAGAGACAUUGUUAAGUCAGGACCAGCGCAUCUGCAACAGUUUGGAGGAGAAAUUACAGCUAUAUGCAGAGCUCACAGAGUUAACCCUGCACGCUCCAGAAGCCAUAGCACAUCGCCACCUGCUGGUACAACCGGACAUUGAUAGUGAGUCGCCAAGACAGGCCUCAACAUUGCUCACAGCUGCACUUGGAGAAGCCGAGAACCUGAUCACCAUUCUUCAGGCUCACGAUGGCCUUCUUGUACAAAGUGACAACUCUCCAAUCCGUGGGCCUGAGUCCUGCAACUACAAUAGCCACGGCAGCAGCAUCCAAGAAUCUCCCUCAGAACCGGAUUACUUAAGCACACUCAGUAUGAGCUCCACCUCUCUUGGAUCAGACAGUGAGGGGACAGGGAUGGAUGGAGUCUUGUGGAGGUCUGCUGCUGAGCCAAAGAAAGGAGACACUAAAGAUACACUGUUCAAGGUGGCGGAAAGUGUACAGAGUCUGACUCAGCUUCUUUAUAGUCUGCAGGCUGCUGUGACCCUCCAAGACAGCUGUCUCGAGAUCCAGAAAAUUCUCCUUCUGGAAGGAGACAAAUCUCAGCUCAGGACCCUCGCCUCCCUCCAAAACAGCCUGGAGCAGGAGAGGCAGACGGGCAAUGAUAAGACAGAGGAAGUCGAAAAGAAGGCUUUUGAGAGGAAGAAGGAAGAGGUGGAUGAGGUGCAGAAACUCCAUGUGAAACUGAAACAAGGCCAGCAGCGCUGGGACAAGGAAUGUGUGGCCAGAGAGAAACAACAGAAUGAGCAGGAGAGUGCACUGGAGCAGCGUGAGCAGCAUUGCAUCCUGGAGGCAGAGCGGCUGCGGUGCGAGCGAGAGGAGCUGGAAACUCAGCUGCUGGAGUAUCGUAACAGUCUGGACAGACUGCGGGAGGGCCAGAAGAGUGUGGACACGGAGAAGAAGAAGCUCGAAGCCCAGCAGAAGUUCCUCCAGACCUGGGGGCACAACCGUCAGAGCAGUCUACCUGUCACCAUACCACUGGAUGGAUACAAGGUGCCGAUUCACAGUCGCUCAGGCAGCCUGGAUGACACCUGUUGGACGUACGAGAGUGAUGCAGCUCUGCUCGCCUCCCUCCAAAAGAACCAGCCCCCCAACAACAACCCACACCAGUAUCUGCUCUCCGCCCCGAGGAGGAACCACGACGGCCUCCGGCAAGCCUCCAGCUAUGGCGCUGACCUCAGCCUCAGCGCCAGUCUCUACAACAGCCUCAACACUCUGCUCAGCCAAACCCACAGAAAACCACCUCAGGAUGGUCUCACAUUCACUAACUACUCAAAGAACCACGAGUGCAGCCAGCCUCCCAAUACCUCUGUCAAUCCCUUCAGCAGCAGAGGCAGAGCACAGCCACAGAGCACCAGCAAGUACUUCAGCCCACAGUUGGAUCGACAUUCCCUGGGGGCCUGGAGGCCAGAGAUGCCAGGUCAAGAACUUUAUGAAAACACCUACCCGCCUUCCUCCCCCUCCCUCACCCCGCUCCUCCCCUCACAGUCCUACCUCUCUCUCGAAGGACAUCUCAGGGAGGACAGUGGGGAGGAGAACAUUGUUUACCUCUAAUGACUGAUGGCGCAGGCUUUAUGACACGUAACUGGACUUUGUUGCUUUUAUUUGUGAUAUUUGUGAUGGAUAUAAAUACAUGUGGGUAACUGUGGCUAAUCAAGUGAGGGAAUAGUGCCUUUGAAAACUGUUUGUGGUGGCUAUCAGUGCGUCUCCUGCUUAAUCAAAACCGUUGUGCCUUUUGCUUUGGUACUUGCAUCUGUAAAUUAGUUUAUUUCCUUAUUUUAUUGGCCAGAUACUGGGGAAACCCACAGCAUGUGCCUCAAACAAGGCAAUAGGAAAUACCAAGACAGAAGUACUGGUGUUAUUUUCCCCAUUAGCACUUAAAACAAAAUAAAAUAUAUGGGGGAAAGCCAACGUAGGCCUUCCCCAAGCUAUGUACAGCAUUAAUUGCUCUCCUAUAGAGUGCCAUUGUAUUGCUAUGUGAUCUUAAAUUAUAUUUAUUAGGGAAUGUAAGCAUUCGCAAAGAAUUAUAACAAAGGUGUGUUUGUAAGUAUUGUAUGUACUGUACCGUAUAGUUUAUUGAAAGGGCUACCUAUGCGCACCGUUGGAAGAGGUUUAUUCUUUUCUCGAUGAAGUGCCACAAUUCUGCCGUUUUUUCCCCCCUCACUAUCUCUUUUUGGAACAACUUGGUAAUUUAUUGUAUGUAAAUGGCUUCAUGCACUGUACACAAUGUUUGGUUUAUUUUUAAUCGCUGUAAUCACUGAUGUGAUGUACUGUAUGUAAAGGUUUGGGCUGCUUAUAAAGAUAUGGUUGCAAACAUC